CUCUUGCACACACACAACAUAUGUGUGUGUACACACCCGCUGACCCCAUGUCCUGCCUCUGCCAUGCAGUCCAAAGUUCGAGAACUGGAAGAGAAAUGCCGGACACAGAGUGAGCAGUUCAACCUGCUGUCGCGGGACUUGGAGAAGUUCCGGCAGCACGCUGGGAAGAUCGACCUUCUGGGCAGCUCAGGGGCCUUCUUGGACAUUCCCUCGGCCCCCACCAAGCCAUUCCCACAGUUCGUGAAUGGACUAGCAACCUCCAUUGGCAAAGGUCAGGAGAGUGCUAUUGGAAGUUGUUCUGCGAUUGGUGAAUAUAUCCGGCCCCUCCCACUUCCCAGUGACAAGCCGGAGCCUGUGUCCAUCAAGCCCACCUUUCUGUCGAGAUCUGGUAGCCCAAGAUGCAGAUUUGAAUCAGACAUGGAGAAUGAACGGAAUUCCAAUACCUCAAAGCAGAGAUACUCGGGGAAAGUCCACCUGUGCGUUGCCCGCUAUAGUUACAACCCCUUCGAUGGGCCAAAUGAAAACCCAGAAGCUGAGCUGCCCCUCACGGCAGGAAAAUACCUCUACGUCUAUGGAGACAUGGAUGAAGACGGAUUCUAUGAAGGAGAGCUCCUGGAUGGGCAGAGGGGUUUGGUGCCCUCCAACUUUGUGGAUUUUGUUCAGGACAAUGAGUCGCGGUUGGCAGGGACGCUGGGGAAUGAACAGGAUCAGAACUUCAUCAACCAUUCCGGCAUCGGCUUGGAGGGAGAGAACAUCCUCGACCUCCAUUCCCCCACUCACAUGGGCUCAGGCAUCACGGACAAUGGGGCGGGGACGCUGGACAUGAACAUUGAUGACAUUGGAGAAGAUAUUGUGCCUUACCCUAGAAAAAUCACCCUUAUCAAACAACUCGCCAAAAGUGUCAUUGUGGGCUGGGAGCCUCCAGCAGUCCCACCGGGGUGGGGCACAGUGAGCAGCUACAAUGUGCUGGUGGACCAGGAGACGCGCAUGAGCCUCACGCUGGGGAGCAGAACCAAGGCCCUCAUCGAGAAGCUCAACAUGGCAGCCUGCACCUACCGCAUCUCUGUGCAGUGCAUCACCAGCCGGGGCAGCUCGGAUGAGCUGCAGUGCACACUGCUGGUGGGCAAGGACGUGGUGGUGGCCCCCUCCCACCUGCGGGUAGACAACAUCACACAGAUCUCAGCCCAGCUCUCCUGGCUCCCAACCAACAGCAACUACAGCCACGUCAUCUUCCUCAAUGAGGAGGAAUUUGACAUUGUCAAGGCUGCAAGGUAUAAGUACCAGUUCUUUAACCUCAGGCCCAACAUGGCCUACAAGGUGAAGGUUCUGGCCAAACCCCACCAGAUGCCAUGGCAGCUCCCCCUGGAGCAGAGGGAGAAGAAGGAGGCCUUCGUGGAGUUCUCCACAUUGCCUGCAGGUCCUCCAGCACCCCCACAAGAUGUCACUGUCCAAGCUGGAGUCACCCCAGCCACCGUCCAGGUCUCCUGGAAACCUCCCAUGCUGACUCCCACUGGGUUGUCCAAUGGCGCAAACGUUACCGGCUAUGGCGUGUAUGCAAAAGGGCAGAGGGUGGCUGAAGUCAUCUUUCCCACCGCGGACAGCACAGCCGUGGAACUCGUGCGACUGCGAAGCCUGGAGGCCGAGGCUGUGACUGUGCGGACCUUCUCUGCACAGGGCGAGUCCAUAGACUCUUCUGUUGCUGCCAUUCCCCCCAACCUCCUGGUGCCUCCAACCCCCCAUCCCAGAACUGCUCCCACACCGAAGCCAUUAGCAAGUGCCGGAGCCCCUGAUACCAAAGAUGAACACGUGGGUCCCCAUGUCAAGAUGGAUGAGGCAUGGGAGCAGAGCCGGGCGCCCACCCCCGCGCAUGGCCACCUGCUGGAGCCACCAGGCUCGCAGGGGCGGCGGUCACCAUCACCCAGCCGGAUCCUCCCGCAGCCACAGGGCACCCCGGUCUCCACUACUGUCGCCAAGGCCAUGGCCCGGGAGGCCGCGCAGAGAGUGGCUGAGAGCAGCAGGUUAGAGAAAAGGAGCAUCUUCCUAGAAAGGAGCAGCUUGGGGCAGUAUGCCAACUCGGAUGAGGAGGACGGCUAUGACUCUCCAGAUGUCAAGAGGAGAGGUGCUUCAGUGGAUGACUUUCUGAAAGGGUCUGAACUUGGCAAGCAGCCCCACUGUUGCCAUGGAGAUGACUACCACACGGAGAGCAGCCGGGGGUCUGACCUCUCAGACAUCAUGGAGGAGGACGAGGAGGAACUCUACUCUGAGAUGCAGCUGGAAGAUGGGGGCAGGAGGCGGCCCAGCGGCACCUCCCACAAUGCCCUCAAGAUUUUAGGGAACCCAGUGUCUGCAGGACGGGCUGACAGGGUGGAUCACAUGGGUCGCAGGUUCCCCCAUGACAGUACUGGUCCUCAGAGGUCCCGGCCGAUGCUGGUCCCAUCCAUCGAUGAGUACACUGGGCAAGAUCGCCUUUCUCCAGACUUCUAUGAAGAGUCAGAAACUGACCCUGGGGCUGAAGAGCUCCCGGCUCGAAUCUUUGUGGCUCUUUUUGACUACGACCCGCUCACCAUGUCCCCGAAUCCAGAUGCUGCAGAAGAGGAGCUUCCCUUUAAAGAAGGCCAGAUCAUCAAGGUUUACGGUGAUAAAGAUGCUGAUGGCUUCUACCGCGGGGAAACCUGUGCUCGGCUUGGCCUUAUUCCUUGUAACAUGGUCUCUGAAAUCCAAGCAGAUGAUGAUGAGAUGAUGGACCAGCUUCUUAGACAAGGCUUUCUCCCACUGAAUACACCUGUGGAGAAAAUAGAGAGAAGCAGAAGAAGUGGCAGGCAUCACUCAAUGUUGACGCGAAGAAUGGUGGCUCUAUAUGAUUAUGACCCAAGAGAAAGCUCCCCUAAUGUCGAUGUUGAGGCUGAACUUACAUUUUGCACAGGAGAUAUUAUUACUGUUUUUGGUGAAAUUGAUGAAGACGGAUUUUAUUAUGGGGAGCUGAAUGGGCAAAAAGGCCUUGUACCUUCAAAUUUCCUGGAAGAAGUGCCUGACGAUGUGGAAGUCUAUCUUUCUGAUGCUCCAUCCCACUACUCCCAAGACACGCCAAUGCGUUCGAAGGCAAAAAGGAAGAAGAGUGUUCAUUUCACACCUUAAUCAGGCAAUGUAGCCUUCACGUAAGUGAGCAACUGAAGAUACCUAUAAAGAUACCAACUUAAGCUACCUUAAAUGGACCAAUGUGGUAGACUUAAGGCUUCACUGUGGGAUUAAAUCAAAAAAAGAAAAAAGAAAUAUGUCUCAAAAAAUCAUUGGACCUAAAGUAUUAGGAUAUUACUUGGACUCAGUUGUAAAGCAACUGAAUUUGUAGUGAAACAAAUCAUCUUUAAUAAUCAUUUCCUACUCUUUACACUAAGAAUAUUUGAAAGGCCAACAUUGGGAACAUAUUUCUUAACAAGCUAACUGUUUGUUUACACAGAGAGUGUUCCAAUGUCUACUCAUAAUUAAAGCUGCAUAUUGCAUUGUUAGCCACUCUUGGAAAAAGCACAACCUAACAAAUAUGUUUACUAUGAAAAGUUUCACUUAAAAAAAAAACCCAAAAAACCACAAUUCAAGGUCAAACAGAUGAGUAGUGAACAAAGAUGAUCUAGUGUUGGUUCUAAAUACUCCAAAAGCUGGCUUGAACUAUGAGAACAUAUUACCUUAAGUAAACAUACCUCUACCUUAGGAGAGAGCUUAUGCUUCUCCUCAAAGCACAAAUGUUCUGAACAUAUGAAAGUUGGCGAAAGACUGAUUUGUUGGUAUACCAAUGCAAUACUAAGUUUUAUGAAACAUGCAGCUCAAAUGAUUGCAUUAGAUGGAAUAGAUGGUAUCUUCAGGUGUACUUUGGGAUGCUUUACUAGGUGUUUUCCAUUAGAAUUAGACCUUGAUUUUAAAUCCAAGCAAGCUUGAAGCCCCUUGGCUUAUAUCAUUUGCCUGCUGAAUAAUGAACACUCACCUUAGCAAGAGUUUUGCUCUGGAGGGGUAAGGGAACUAGAGGAAUGAUGAUAUUAUAUAAUCUCAGACAUGUUUUCAACUGUAAAAAUAAGUGAGGCAAAAUCUACAUGCAACAUAUUAGAGUAAAAUUCUACUCCUUUGAAGUACUGUUGCUUAAGUACUUAAAGUAUAUUGAAAUACUACCACGUGCUAUAUAUUGAGUAAAAUUCACGUUCAAUUAUUUGGAAAUAAUGAAAGCAUACAAUAAGGGCCUUUAAGCUUUCUUUGAUUGUAAUUAAGGUUCAUUUUAGUUUUUUUUUCUUUCAACCAGUGUGCCAUCUUCAAUCUUUCUAUUGUAUAUUAACUAACCCAGGAAUGCACUCAACAAUAUCAGGAUUUUAUUUAACCAAGUAGUUUUCAAGUACAACAAAUUCCCUUUAAGAAUUUUUGCUUUUAAGAUUACUCAUGGGUACUCGGCCAACUUUAGAAUCAACCUAAUUUAAAACACCCCACCCUGGUUUUAAAUUUUAAUUUAUAAAUUAUUACCUAGCUUUGUUUUGCCAAAGCAAUGGCCACCCCCUCCCCCAAGACAAAGAAACUGAAAAAUCAAACAUUAAUGGCUAGACCCUCUCUCUCAGACAUGUUUUGGGAGAGAAUGUUUGCUUCUCAUGGCAUACUUUAAAAAUUGAAAGAAGAAAUGAACCACCCCUUUACCUUUCCUGGUGGGAAACGGGACAGUACGUACGAUGUUACCAAAUGAAUUGAUGUUGUUGGCGCUCACACACUCAAUAAACUGUAACAAUGUACCUACUAGGUUCCUCCUGAGGGUUCAGGUACAACAAGGAGAGCUCCAUCCCCCACAGUCCAUCUCCAUUCGGGGUCACCUACGUCAUCUAUGGGUUCUGGUAGUCCUGGGAGAGGCAGGGAAAUGUCCUCGAAAAAGAAAAAGGGGCUGCUUUCCAAAGGCAAGAAACUGCUGAAAAAGCUGGGUGCAGUGAAAUGAUUCAUGUGCUUCUGGACAACUUCCAAAUCUAUGUAAUUUUCUUUAAUUCCAAACUAGGGCUUUCAUGAUUCAAGUACUUCCUAAAAAACCAAUCUUCUCCCCUGACACCAGUAGAGAAAUGCACUUUUGCACUACCAUCCACUUUAAACCAACUGCAAGAACAAAGAGGGCUGUUGCUCUCUCUCAGUCACCGUUGCCAAUCUGCUCUCACUGUCCAAGGUCUGACUCGGGAGGUGGAGGGGUGUCUUAUUAACAAAUGGGGCGGGUGAAGAGCUAUUUGUAGCUCACUCCCUACCUGUAAUUCCAGUCUUUGUGUACUGUCAUCUGCCCUUGAAAGAAUGAUUUUUAACCUUUUUCCCUUUUCAAAAAUGCUUGCCUCAUAAUGCAUAACUUUCACUUUAACUCUGGUCUUGAAAUUCCUAGUUUAAUUCGCCUUGAUGUUCUGCCUUAUAAAUGCACAAUGAUUUGUACUGUCUAAUAAAAAAUACAGUGUAUACUUUGUAUGUGUUGUGCAUUCAGUGGUCUUCAUCCUCACUGACACAGUGGUCUGAAAUCAAGUCGUACAGGCUGUGCAUUUUAAGAUACCGGUUUUAGUCUUUCAAAGCAAGCCACGCAACACACAGAAAAUGUUUACUUAUUCAAUCAUUCAAAAAAGAGAAAGUAACUUUGUUUGGUAAAGUACCAGUACUCCAACCUGCCAGAAAGUUGAUAAUCUUCAUUGCUUUUAGUGUUACAUUUUGUGCCAUAUGGAUUUCUGUUACUUCAUUAUUUGUCAAAACGCCAUACCCAAUUGUGCAUCAAUGAACAGCACACACGUAAUCCACAUAAUGCAUAAGCCACACCAAAAACAUGCUAAAAACAUCAUAAAUUUAAAUCUGUUCAAAAUGAUUCUAUGCCAAUCUUCAUCACAGGCAUUUGAAUAAGACUUAAGAAAGUUGCUGGCAGAGGUGUUUGAUGGUUACUAUUUUGUAAUUCUUGACCACUUGUAAAUUGUUUUUACUCUUUAUACAUACUUUUCAGAUUGCCUUUCUUUUGUAAUUUAUGGAAGGUUUAUAAAUGAAUGACAAAGCUUUCCCCAUUGUGUCUUCAAAAAUUAUAUUGUAAAUUGUAAUAUAAUAGUAUGUGAUAGAUUUAUUAAAAGGAAAUUAAUCGAUGUGUGGUUAAGUACUGUGUGGGAGUGUGCAUGUGUACAGUUCGUGUAAAAUAUUUUCUAGAAAUAAAAUGUUAUUUUAUACAA